AUGGCUCCUCCAUCUGAUGUGAGUGCCAGCGCUGAAUGGCGUCCCAAGGUCGUCAUCUUUGACCUUUUGACAGCUCUCCUCGACUCCUGGACUCUAUGGAACGCUUCAACACCAUCAGGCACAGAGGAGGAGGGCCGUCGGUGGCGCGCACGCUACCUCGAGAUUACUUUUCAGCAAGGAGCAUAUACACCAUAUGAAGACCUCGUGAGGCAAGCCGCCGCAGAAGCUGGUGUUGCGGUAUCGGCACCCGACGCCCUGCUAAGCAACUGGUCCAGGCUCCAAGCCUGGCCCGAGGCAUGGGAGGUGCUGCAGCGACUCAAAGCGCAGGGCUGUAAGCUCGGCGUCGUCACAAACUGUUCCAAGAAGCUGGGCGAGAUGGCAGCCGCUCAGGCGGCCAGGUCCCCGAGUGGUGAGCAGAUCGCCUUCGACGCCGUGGUCACGGCCGAAGAGAGCGGAUUCUACAAGCCGGUCAAACAGGCGUACGAUGGGAUCCUGGAAGCCAUGGGCGUCAGUGCCAGCGAGGCGUUGUUUGUAGCGGGCAGCGCAGGCGACGUUCAAGGCGCGACGAAUGCGGGCAUCAAGGUGGUUUGGCAUAACCGGGUCGGGCUGGCGGCCAAGGGCAGCGCGAUGCCGUUGCGAGAGAGCAAAUCGCUCGACGGCGCAUUGGAAGGGUUCAUCUAG